UAUAAAGAUUUUAUAAUUCAUACUUGCAUUUCAAUUUUGACGUGGUAUUCAUAAAAUAUAAUUUUGAUUAACAAUAUUUAAUUCGAGUAUCUAUUUUACAUUGAUUAUUAAAAGUUUGUGGAAUUUAUCAAUCCUAUUCUAAUAGUAAGCAAUAUUGGACAAUUCUUUAAAUUUCUUGAUUUAUAGAAGAUGAAGUUUUGGAAUUCGUAUCCAAAAGCAGGGACGUGGUUGGCAGCAUCGUGUAUGUUUAUUCAACGGUUCUUAGAAAUCGUUUCUAUAUUCCUACAAGACAACCCACACGUCAUCAUGUGUCUCACAGUCUCGUUUAUGACUAGCUGGACAAUAAUAUUAUAUUCCACGACCAACAUUUGGCUGCUAUACGUGGCACGUCUGUUCGCCGGAUCCGUCAUAUUAAUUUUCACGUCUUCAUUACCGGUGGAAAUGGUCGGUCGGCGAGAACUUUUAUUGAUAUCCGAUUUCGUCAUGGGCCUGUGUCUCGGCACUCUGGGCUUUUAUUUUUGGCUGCAGGGACAUGACGUUGACGUCUCAUCGUACAACCUUUUACCGUUUAUCAGUCUCGGAACGUACAUUUUUAUGUGCACACUGGGAUCCGAUCCAAUACCAAGAAUUAUGAUCAGGAAAGUGCUCCAUCCAGAACUCAUACGUUUUGCGAUCGGAAUCGUGUGCUUGUGCGCUUCACUCGUCCAACUCUGCGUCGAUGAGCUCACGGACAUGGAGACUGUUAAACGUCGUUUCGCCGCCGUUUUUCCGCGGUCGGGCGUUCCGGACUCACCCAAGUCGCUCGAAGUCGCUGUCGCCGACGCGCCUCGGAAAAUUGACGAGCGCCUCCCGGCGCUCGAGGACGCCGUCCGGUCACUUUCGGCCGAGUUCGCGCCAUUCACGUUUAACCACGUGCUACCAAAUCGCGCGCCAACGGUUCAACCACCAACAAGUCGCGCACCGCCAAUUGACACUUUUGCACCAACCCGUACAGUCCAAAAUUCGUGGUGUUACUACCACACUCGGUUCGGUAAAGACGCGCGAAAGUGCUCUAGCGACCUUUGUACGUUUUAUCCCAAAAUAUCGACUAAAAAUAAAACAUUUAAGAAGUCAUAUACGUCUCAUAACCCAUCAAAACUUAACUACCGAUACAAUACUUGGACAGAUUUUUAGAAUUCUCAGACUUAAAAAUACUUUUCCAUGUUUUACUUCUUUAAUAUUAAAUUGAUAUCUAUAUUGUAAAUUGUUAUAUUAAUAAAACAAAUCUUAUCAAGAAAAUAUAA